AUGGGACUGUUGAACACGGCUGGGAGACUCCUCGCUCUGUUUGUUCUAGCGAUUUAUUUUUACAUUCUAGAAAUUUUUAAAUUUUUGUCUCCCACCAAGAGAAAGGAUGUCCGAAACGAGAUCGUGCUGAUUACGGGUGCGGGGCACGGAAUAGGCCGGGAGAUUGCCCUAGAAUUUGGCAGAUUAGGUGCGCGUGUUGUGAUAUGGGACAUAAACAAGAGAACGAAUGACGCCACCGCGGAGGAAAUCAAGCGGAACGGCGGCACGGCAUAUGCCUAUGUGUGUGAUCUUACGAAAACGGACGAUAUUCGGACGACGGCAGACAAAGUCCGGAGGGAAAUCGGUGAUCCAUAUAUCCUGGUCAACAACGCCGGGAUUCUGACUGGUGGAGAGCUACUUAAACUUAAGGAGGCUCAUGUCCGGCGCACGUUUGAAAUCAAUACACUAUCUCACUUCUGGACAUGCCAAGAAUUUAUGCCGGCCAUGCUGACGGACAACAGAGGCCACAUCGUAACCAUUGCGUCCAUGUCCGCCAAAUCGGGCACGGCAUUCCUCGUAGACUACAGCUCCUCUAAGUAUGCUGCUUACGGUUUUGCGGAGGCGUUAAAUGAAGAACUCAGCAUUAUGGGUAAAAACGGUGUGCAGACGACCACCGUGUGCCCGAUGUUUGUUGACACGGGCCUUGUGAAGCAGCCAAAAGAUAAAAUUGGUAGGAUUUUGACGCCAAGGGAAGUGGCUCUAGCCACGGUCGAGGGAACAUUGACCAAUGAAGAAAUAGUUUAUGUCCCAGGAACGAUGAAGUUCCAGAUGGCGCUCUCUGCUUUCUUUCCCCAUGCCAUGAUUAAGUACACCAAAAAGGCGUCCGGAACUGGCAUCGAACCACAGUACGACCCAACCACUUUCAAGACCGACUAACCAAUCGCCUGCUGGAUAGAUUCAAAUUAUAUCAAACUAUUGUGAUGUUACUUUUUAAUGUUUUAAUUUAUUACACGGACACUCGUCGAGAUAAUGUUUACCAAUGGUACUGAAUUUGUGAUUGAGUAGAUUCAUGUGUAAAGUUAAGUCCUAGUAUUAAAGUGAAUGUGACAUGUAA